AUGUCUGUUUCUCUUUAUGUAGCCCGUUACGUUUAUGCUAAGAGGGCUUCAGUGAUGUUUUAUGACGACCAACUCGUGGGAUCAAACAAGUUCAUCAAUUUCAGUCACGUCGUUAUUUGGGACACUAUUUUUAAUACAGUAUUUGGAUGUUUAUUGUUUGUUAACGUGAUAAAGGCCUUCAGGAUUCUUGGAUACAAUAAAAGGUUCAUACAGAUUAUAUCUGUCCUUACUGAUGCCAUAGAGGACAUUGUUGGUUUUUCUGUUGUGUUCAUUUUGGUUUUCUUUGCUUUUGUUGCUUCUGGAAAUCUUCUGUUUGGGUCAAAACUGAAGGAUUAUCGAAGUUUUCUCAGUACAUGUGGAAGUUUAACCAAUAGUUUCAUAGGGAAAAAUAAACUGGACACGCUAGUGAGAGCUUCACCCAAUGCUGCCCAAUUUUUCUACAUCGCCUACAUUGGAUGUGUUAUUAUGACAUUGAUGACUAUUUUUGUUGCUAUCCUUAACAAAAGCAUAUCCCUUGUGAAAUCCCAGGCUACAUCCGCUCCACCAAUAUUUGGAAUAGCCAAUGUCAUUCAAAAUGUUGUUCGCAAAACUUUAACUAUUUUAGGAUUUUCCAAGCGGUUGGUCGCAAAGAAAAUAGAAAAUUAUCAAGAGCUAUACAUUCAUCCUUCGGAAGGAUUUCAGACAACAAAUAUUGUUCGUUUGAUGAGAGGCAUACUAGACAAUACAUUCCAUCCAGAAACCCACAACCAGUCUAAAAAGAAUUCAGAAGAGGCUGAAAAAUUUUACUUUGAAGGCGAAAAUAGAGUGAGUGAAACUCAGACGAAGAUUUCAGAGAAUUUAUCUGAUAGCAUUUUGUCCAAAGAAACUGUUGGAAGAUUGCAAGUUCGUAGAAGCAUACUAAAAAGGAUAAUGGGCCUAAGAGGAUAUAAGGAGCCUGCCGGCAAAGAGUUUGAUAAUUUCGACGACAUCCUUUCAUUGGAUAUGAGGAACAAACGAAAACACCAAGCACAAAAAAGGAUUCUGAAGAAAGUGGUCGGUGUCAGUGCAUUGGAUACUCCUCACUCUGGAAAAUCCGAUCCGCUCGCAGUGAACUUACUAUAUCUGUGA